UAGAAAACACUUAUUAAUUGCUUUGUGACAGGAAGAAAUAUACAAAAGGGAAGUGAGCCAAUCCUGUGCAAACUAAAUUCCUUAUUAGCUCUGUGUAACUUGAACGGGGGGACACUGUCUCGGAGAUGCUGAAGGAGAGUAUGGUGUCCAGAUUAUCUCAGAGCCAGGAAGAAGUUAUUUCCUUUUUUGCAGCUCCUGGUAAUCAAAGUGAAGGGUGGAUAAAGACAAAUAGAACACACACAACAAAAACCCACUUAAGAUUUUGGAAUCUGUGGGCAAAGAGCUCAUUACUGGCGUUUUGGAUGACUUGGUGGGAAAAAAUGUCCUGAAAUUGGAGGAAGAGGAGAAGAAAAAAAUUUAUAAUGCCAAGCUUGAAGACAAGGCACGGGUCUUGGUGGACUGUAUGCAACAGAAACGCCAUGAAGCAGGUCAAAUCUUUGUUCAAACCUUCCUAAACAUAGACAAAAAUUCCACCAGUAUAAAACCUCCUGAGGAAAUCGUGACUGGACCAGAUGAGUCAGCAGAAACUACAGAUACCCUCAAGCUUUGCCCCCAUGAAGAAUUUCUUAAACUGUGUAAAGAAAGGGCUGAAGAGAUCUAUCCAAUAAAGGAGAUAAAGGCCCGCACUCGUCUGGCUCUCAUCAUAUGCAAUACAGAGUUUGAUCAUCUCCCUCUCAGGAAUGGGGCAGCCCAUGACAUCAUGGGAAUGAAGGGGCUGCUUGAGGGCCUUGGCUACAGUGUGGAUGUGGAAGAGAAACUCACAGCCAGGGAUAUGGAAUCAGUGCUGUGCAGAUUUGCUGCCUGUGAAGAGCACAAAUCUUCAGACAGCACAUUCUUGGUGUUCAUGUCUCAUGGCAUCCUGGAUGGGAUCUGUGGGACUAUGCAUAGUGAUGAAAACCCAGAUGUGCUACCUUAUGACACCAUCUUCCGGAUAUUCAACAACCGCAAUUGCCUCAGUCUAAAGGACAAACCUAAGGUCAUCAUUGUCCAGGCCUGCAGAGGUGCAAAUCAUGGGGAAUUGUGGGUCAGUGACUCUCCAGCAGCCUUGGCAGACAGCUCUUCACAGUCACCUGAGAACCUGGAGGAGGAUGCCAUUUACAAGACCCAUGUGGAGAAGGACUUCAUUGCUUUCUGCUCCUCAACCCCACAUAAUGUGGCCUGGAGAGACAUCACAAAAGGUUCUCUCUUCAUUACUCAACUCAUCACAUGCUUCCAAAAAUAUUCUUGGUGUUGUCAUCUAGAGGAAGUAUUUAGAAAGGUACAAAAAGCAUUUGAAAAACCAAGUGUUAAAGCCCAGAUGCCGACCAUUGAACGACUCUCCAUGACAAGAUAUUUCUACCUCUUUCCUGGCAAUUGAAAAUAGUAAGUAUCAAGAGUUUUUGUUGGCAGGCAGAAUAAGUGGGACAGUGAUAUUAGUAGUGAGGUCCAAUGACCAAUGACAGCCUAUUGCUUUAGUAGUCAAAUUAGUAAAUUAGUAUUCCUUGUUUAUGUAGUUUGUUGAUUAGUUGCUAAUUUUUACCUUAUUUAUAUGCAUCUGGAUCCACCCCUCCAUCUCUACAAUCAUCAAUCAAUAAAUCAAUCAACCAAGAAGGUAAGCCAAAUCAAGACAGAAAGUAAUAAACAGUGAAGGACACAGGGUAACAAUUAUUAGCAUAGACAUGUACUCAUGCUUCCAUUAUUACUUAUAUUCAUGUCUCUCUCUCUCUCUUUCUUUCUCUCUCUCUCUCUCUGACACACACACACACAUUAUUAGUUACCAAAUAUUGCCUCAGAUUAAAAAAAAAAAAACAGAAAAAAGAGGUGACUGUAGAGAAAGCAGGACUGUGGUCCUCUGAGUGCAGGUGUCAUAUUACUGAUACUGAGCUACCAUUACUAUACAGUAUAAAAUGCACCCUGGAAGAGUUUGUGUCAAUGAAGACUCUGGUUCUCUGACUGUUCUCACAGUGUAGAUCACAGAACAUUCUGAGUCAGUUCUCAGAUUCUUUUUUUUUUUUUUUUUUUUUUGCGGUACAAGGGCCUCUCACUGUUGUGGCCUCUCCCGGCUCCGGACGCACAGGCUCUGCGGCCAUGGCUCAUGGGCCCAGCCGCUCCACGGCAUGUGGGAUCUUCCUGGACCAGAGCACGAACCCGUGUCCCCUGCAUCAGCAGGCAAACUCUCAACCACUGCGCCACCAGGGAAGCCCCUCAGAUUCUUAAUUACUGUUCAGAAACCCCUUCAAUCACCCAUAUUAACACUUAAACAAAAAAUUUUUGGUCAAAUUAUUUUAGAAUGUGUUUAUUGAGUUUAGACCCAACAAUUAUUUACUCACUCAUAACAGCUUUAUAUCACACUAUAUUAUAAGCAUAUUAUUAAUCUCCCUCUCAGAAACAUAAUUAAGUUUAUAUUUUAUAGUAAAUUUUAUCUCAAUUCUUGAAAUAUUUACCCACCAUCUUCUACCCCUGGUUUCUGACACCCUGGCUAAAUAAAUGCAUAGAUACUUCAGCAGAAUAGCUUUGACUGCCUAAUUAGUCCAAUAGAACCAUAUUUGGGGAUUGAAUUAUUUAUUUGACUAAUAUUUAUCACGCACUUACUAUGUUCCAAGUUCUGUUCUAGAUGCUUGGAAUGUACCAGUGAACAAAAUAAAUGGAGUCCUUGCUCUCAGAAAGCUCAUACUUUAGUGAGUGGAGACAGACUCUAAAUACACAAGCAAGUUAAUAUAUGUUAGAGAGUGGUAAGAGCUAAUAAGAAAAAAUAAAAAGGGCUAAAGAGACACAAAAAGAUGGAUACCGGGGCUUCCCUGGUGGCGCAGUGGUUGAGAGUCCGCCUGCCGAUGCAGGGGACACGGGUUCGUGCACCAGUCUGGGAAGAUCCCACAUGCCGCGGAGCGGCUAGGCCCGUGAGCCAUGGCCACUGAGCCUGCACAUCCGGAGCCUGUGCUCCGCAAUGGGAGAGGCCACAACAGUGAGAGGCCAACGUACUGCAAGGUAAAAAAAAAAAAAAAAGAUGAAUACCAUACUGUUAUAAAUAGAUUACUCAAUAAAGGCUGCUUUGAAGUAAUGAAGUGAUUUGAAAUCAGAACAAAGAAUGGAUAGAGUAAGGGAGUGAACCUUAUGGCUCUAGUGGGAAAUGAAUCCCAACACCAGAAAUAGGAAGUACGGAUGCCCUGAGGCAGAUGUGUGCUUAAGACUUUUAAAGUACUGCAAGAAGGCAGCUGGCUAGAGAAUAAGAGUGGGAAAAAUGGCAGGGUAAAAUUCAGAAAAAUGGUGAGAAGCUUGAUCACAUGGGCCUUGAUGAUCACAUGUAAAUGUUUUAAAAUCUUUUAUCCUAAGUGAGAUAGGAAACCCUUCAAGAGCUUUUGAACAGAGAAAUGAUAUAAUCUAACUUAGAUUUUGCAAAGAUCACUCUGAGUACUUUUUGAUGAAUAGACUACAAAGGUCACAGAUAGAAGCCAAGGGAAAUGGCAAAAGCAUAUGGAAGAAUCACAGUAAGGGUUGGAUUGAAGGCUUCCAGGGAUCACUAUCUUAACCGUCUGUUCUUUUUCUCUUCUUCAGAAAAUCACAGGAAGUUCAGCUGUUUCAACUUCAAGAAGCACUUUUACCAGUACAGAACGCAUGUUUAACCUUUUGUCUUUCAGUGAAAAUGAAAACAAAUGAACUGUCGUUUUGGGGGGUCUUCUAAUAGAGAAUAGAAUUUCAGUUAAAAUGGUGGAUGUAUGGAAAUGAAGUGGAAGAAGCAAACUGGAUUUUCUAGUUUUAUUGCAUAUAAUAUCUGCACUUCAUUGAGUAAGGGGAACUGGUCAUGACUUGCCCUCAGCAAUAGGGUGAAAGGAGAUGGUGCCCAUCUGGAGACAAGAGCUGUAAAUUGGUCAGCUCCUCCUUUAUACACUCAUUAAGCCCCAGGCCUAGAAUUGUGCAGAAGAAGUUUCCUAAUAUAUUAUUUAACCAACAUCAUAGCUUGAGUUCAUUUUUUUCUUCAGUAAGUUAUGAUUUUAGCAAAUUAUGCCUAUGUGUCUUUCUUCCCAUCUAUAAGUUAAUUUGCUUUCUUGUUGAUUAUUUUCUUUCCAGAUUUCUGCAUAUUUCCAAGCUUCAGGAAAAUUUUAUUAUUUAGCAAAUAUUUGGUUAUUGUCUAAAAUAAAUUGGGCUUUUGAUUCAA